AUGCAUGGACGAAAUCCUUCAGAAUUUAGGCUACCCAGAAAGCUUCGGGAUGCCACUUUCAUUGAUGUCACAACAGGUCCUGAAGAUAAUUACACAGACUCUAGCAUGAAGCCUGAGCUUUCGGUCAGCAAGCUAAAUGGCUCUCAGAUAUCUGGGUUCAAUAAGAAUGAGGACCUAGACAUCGACUCUUUUUAUGACAAGAAAGGCCGACCCAAAUUGUGUCAUCGGUGUCGAGAGUCGCACCUCAAACGCAGAACACUAGUGGCUUGUGAUUAUUGUCCUUUGCAUUGGCAUCUUGACUGCUUGCCUGAUGCUGUACCUCUGGCCAAGACCAUAGGGUUGAAAUGGAGAUGCCCAAAUCAUAUUGAAAACCUCGUUCCUAUAAAUUGGUCCGAUAGGCGAUGUUUCAGGGAUACUGCCGUAAUCGAUUCUGGAUUGCAUGCCAAUUUCCUCAAAAUCAUGGGCGCUAGCAAUUUUCUCAUAAAACACAACGACCAGCCGUAUAUUUCUGAGACUAAACAACCAAUGUUAUCUGAUUACCUUCAGUUUCAAAAGGAUGAUUUUAUCUCAAACAAAUCAGAUUUUUUGACGCAGAAUCCGACUAAGUUUGAUCAACCUCUGGAUUCGGACAAUGAUGAAGAUACCGUUUCGAACUUCAAAAUUCCAGACUAUCUAGAAAAUUAUACUGUGGGAAGCAAGGUUUUGGCCAAAUCAUCGAGAAGGCUUGCGAAGCUUUUACUUAUGACUAAUGCUGAUGAUUCAGAACAAAAACCAUUUAUCUACCGUGUUCCUGAAAAGCAAGUUGUGCUUGAUUUUAUUCAGAAAGGAAGAGAGUCCUACAAAGCAUCAGUGUUGCUGGAUAUACAAAAAUAUGAGGUACGUCAAGAAGCAGAAUAUUCUAGAGACAAGGAAGCUGCGGCCAGUCUCAAUCUACUCGGUGAACAAGAUCAUGAAUCCUCUAGCAAUGUCAGAAAGCCACUUAAUUUGGAUGAUCUUGUUGCUGCUGCUGAUAAAUUACGGCCAAUUGGUGAAACAAAAACAAGAUCCGAUGAUCUUAAAGAUGAAGAGAUUGAUGAGCUUCGUAAAAUCAAAAAAUUGAUGGAGCUCAAGGGCCAUGCAGCAUUUCUCGAAUUUCUUCAAACUUGA